AUGGCCUGUCGUACUUUAGAUACGAGUGCGUGGAUCUUUCCGGACCUAUGCAGCGUGCAUCCAUCUGCAGCCCCGCGGGACGUGGCCGCGGCCGUGGCGGCUGGCAGCAGCGGCAGGGCGGGAUCGAUCCGCCCCAGUCGCGCGCCGCCCGCGAUCCCGCUCGUACGUCCGCCCGCCGCGAAGCCUCCGCGUUUAGGCGGGAACUCGCGACGUCCGCGCUCGACCGGAAAACCGCGCUCCGUUUCCGCC